CUGCUGGAGAGAUGCUCCUUCUACCCCAACUUGGUGCUCCCUGAGGCCCUCCCAACCUGCCUCCAGUCUGAGCUCUGCAGCAGGGGUGCAGAGCUAGGGUUCCCCCAAGUUCUCAGUCACUUAAACAUGGCUCCCCACCCUUCACCUCUAACAGGAUGGUUUCCAUGGGGAAGUGAACCAGGACUUCCCCUGCAGGCCCCGCCCCAAAGCCAGGCGUCAGGGAGUAGGGAGGCGGCCUCCCUGCCUCCCCUCCAAAAAAAACUCUCUGUGAUUUCCUCUGGGUGGGAGGGAGCCACGGCCGGCGGCUGUCACAUUGCAGCUGUUACUCCACUUCUCUUGCUCCUCUCUGCAGGGACCAUGACCUUGGGAUCUCCCAGGAGACACCUUCUGAUGCUACUGAUGGCCUUGGUGGCCCAGGGCAACCCUGUGAAGCCCUCUCGGGGCCCGCUGGUGACCUGCACGUGUAAGAACCCACACUGCAGGGGGCCUACCUGCCAGGGGGCCUGGUGCACAGUGGUGCUGGUGCGGGAGGAGGGCAGGCACCCCCAGGAACAUCGGGGCUGCGGGAACUUGCACAGGGAGCUCUGCCGGGGGCGCCCCACCGAGUUUGUCAACCACUACUGCUGCGACAGCCACCUCUGCAACCACAACGUGUCCCUGGUGCUGGAGGCCACCCAAACUCCUUCAGAGCAGCCGGGAACAGACAGCCAGCUGCCCCUGAUCCUGGGCCCCGUGCUGGCCUUGAUGGUCCUGGUGGCCCUGGGUGUCCUGGGCCUGUGGCAUGUCCGGCGGAGGCAGGAGAAGCAGCGCUGCCUGCACAGCGAGCUGGGAGAGUCCAGUCUCAUCCUGAAAGCGCCUGAGCAGGAGGACAGCAUGCUGGGGGACCUCCUGGACAGUGACUGCACCACAGGGAGUGGCUCGGGGCUCCCCUUCCUGGUGCAGAGGACAGUGGCACGACAGGUUGCCCUGGUGGAGUGUGUGGGAAAAGGCCGCUAUGGUGAGGUGUGGCGGGGCUUGUGGCAUGGUGAGAGUGUGGCCGUCAAGAUCUUCUCCUCAAGGGAUGAACAGUCCUGGUUCCGGGAGACCGAGAUCUACAACACAGUGCUACUCAGACACGACAACAUCCUAGGCUUCAUCGCCUCGGACAUGACCUCCCGCAACUCCAGCACGCAGCUGUGGCUCAUCACUCACUACCACGAGCACGGCUCUCUCUACGACUUCCUGCAGAGACAGACGCUGGAGCCCCAUCUGGCUCUGAGGUUAGCUACGUCCGCGGCCUGCGGCCUGGCGCACCUGCACGUGGAGAUCUUCGGUACACAGGGCAAACCGGCCAUCGCCCACCGCGACUUCAAGAGCCGCAACGUGCUGGUCAAGAGCAACCUGCAGUGUUGCAUCGCCGACCUGGGCCUGGCCGUGAUGCACUCACAGGGCAGCGAUUAUCUGGACAUCGGCAAUAACCCGAGAGUGGGCACCAAGCGGUACAUGGCGCCUGAGGUGCUAGACGAGAGGAUCCGCACGGACUGCUUUGAGUCCUACAAGUGGACUGACAUCUGGGCCUUUGGCCUGGUGCUGUGGGAGAUCACCCGCCGGACCAUCGUGAACGGCAUCGUGGAGGACUAUAGACCACCCUUCUAUGAUGUGGUGCCCAAUGACCCCAGCUUUGAGGACAUGAAGAAGGUGGUGUGUGUGGACCAGCAGACUCCCACCAUCCCUAACCGGCUGGCUGCAGACCCGGUCCUCUCAGGCCUAGCUCAGAUGAUGCGGGAGUGUUGGUACCCGAACCCCUCUGCCCGACUCACCGCACUUCGGAUCAAGAAGACGCUACAGAAAAUUAGCAACAGUCCAGAGAAGCCCAAAGUGAUUCAGUAGCGCAGGAGCGCCUAACUCCUCUUGGCACGCAGCGGGGUGGGGGGUGGGGAGUGGAUGGUGUCCUAUCUGGGUAGUAUGAAGUGGUGUGUGCUGGGGAGGGGGUGCCCCUCUAUGGGCAGCUGCGCCUGCCUGCUUGGGCCCCAGCCCAUCCAGCCAAAAAUACAGCUGGGCUGAAAUCUGAUCCCCUGCCGUCUGGCCUGCUCAAAGCAGCAGGCUCUCUGACGCCUGGCUCUCUCUCCCCACCCCCUACGGCCAGCAGGGUGCACCCCCUACCAUUCCCAGGACAGGAUGCAAAAGAGGCUCCAGAGUCAGAUUGCCAAGCCAGGGAAUCCCAGUCCCAGACUCAGAGCUUGGGCCUGUACUUUGUCCCCUGCCCUUGGUCAACCCCACUGCUCCACCAGAGCUGCUAGGGUGGCACAGGGCCCUGUCCAGCCCUCGGCACACACUGCCCUGCCAGGCUUUAGUCUCUGUCACAAACUCCAGAGGGCCAGGGCCCAUCCAUUUCUCUCCAUGGGUUUAUAUCUCAGCUCUAUGAUGCCUUGGACUUUCUCUCUCCUCAACAAGAACACAGCUUGCUGAAUGUCAGCUGCCUGGGAGAGCUGACACCUGACUUAUUAGGGCAUUAAAACCUAAGAGGUCCUACUGAGGGUGUGGCAGGAUCACAGGCCAGUGGAGAGGGGGCAGGUCAGAUGGGUAAGGCCCAGGACUUUCAGAAUAACUGAGAGGAUGGUGAGGUCAAGUAUGGCAAGCAGAAGGUCCGUGGGUGUCAAGAGACCCAGGUCUGAUCCUCAGGCCUGUCUCAGUUCCUUUUCUUUUUUGACACAGAGUUUUCCUCUUGUUGCCCAGGCUAGAGUGCAAUGGUGAGAUCUUGGCUCACUGCAAGCUCCACCUCCUGGGUUCAAAUGAUUCUCCUGCCUCAGCCUCCCAAGUAGCUGGGAUUACAGGCGUGUGCCACCAUGUCCAGCUAAUUUUGUAUUUUUUAUAGAGAUGGGGUUUCUCCAUGUUGGCCAGGCCAGUCUCGAACUCCCAACCUCAGGUGAUCUGCCUACCUCGGCCUCCCAAAGUGCUGGGAUUACAGGCAUGAGCCGUCAUGCCCAGCCAGGACCUUUUUCUUAUCUACAUAUGGGAGGAUUUGGUCCUGAAGUCCUCUGAGGCUUCUUUAGCUCCAGUUCUCAGGUUUCAGUCUAUAUCAGAGCUAACUUCCUCAGUCCCAUCUAUUCCUUAUGCUCCAGCCCCUGGCAAUUUGCCUCAAGAUGUGGGUUUGAAAAUAACUUUGACUCAGGGAAUGUCUGAAGCACCUCCCAGUCUAAGUCUGCAAGCCCCAGUUCUUGCUUAAAGCCAUGCCAGUGGCCACCCUUGGGCUCAAACAGCUCUGGGCCUUUUGACCAACAAGUCAACCCCUCACCCUCUCUGUGGCAUACUCUUCUCUGCCCCAGGACUGUGGGGCGGCUUCCUCUAGGGCUUUCAAGGCUCAAAAGAAAUUUGGCUCCAUCCAAGAAGCUUCCAGCUCCCUCACUGGCCCCUGCUUCAGGCCCACAACCCUGGUCAGGCCCGUAGAGUGUGUCUCAGGAGGAUUCAGUGGCCCUAGAGACACACAGAAAGUUUGGCCUUUGGAAAUGUCAAGGGUGUAUGUUCAUGUAUGGAGCACAUUACCCUGGCCCCUGGGUGCAGGGAAGUGGGUUGGAGGGAAGCUUGAGGAAUAUAAGGAGCUGGGGUGGGGACUCAGGCUAUGGCCAAGGACAGCCCCAAGAUUGGGAAGACUGGCCUGGCAGUCCUCAACCCGGAGGCAGGGCAGUGAAGAAUGCUCUUCUGCUCCUGCUGUAACGACCCAGGGCAGCCUCCCCAGGCCGGCAUUUUAAGUGUGUCUUCCACCAUUCUCACAGUGGCACCUUUCCAGGCCUGUCUCCCAGCAUUGUGCAAGGCUCGGACAACCAGGAAGUGAAAGUGGGUGAAAACAGAAAGCUAAACGGACUAGGGCUGGGUUCCCAGAUCAUUAGGACAGAGUUUGCAAGUCCUCUGGUCAUUGGAACCCACCCAGUCCACGAAUCAUCUCCCUCCUGAAGGACUUUAUCUCUGCUGGGUUUUAGGAAAAACUCCUCCUGAGACCCCACUGCCAGAAACUGAAAGCUGCAGCUCCCCAAACGCUGGAAAAUCCCUAACAGAAGGCCUGGGGCAGGAAGUGGAGUGACAGGGGGCAGGUAGAGAGAAGGGGGCCCAAUGGCCAGGGAGCGAAGGAGGUGGCGUUGCUGAGAGCAGUCUGCACAUGCUUCUGAGUGCUGGAAGCUGUUCCACGGUGGAAAUUACACUUCUCUUACCUGGAGAUACUGUUUGUGGGAGCACUGGGCACGUACCUGACACUCAGUAGGUCUGCAAUAAACCAUGGUUAAAUCCUGA